UACCACCACCAAAUGAAACCCAACCAUAACAAUGAUUGCAAUCUAUACCAUGUCUUUGACUUAUUUUGGAGAUGCUCAAACUCCAUUUCCUAUAAAGUUCACUCUUCUUAAACUCUCAACAAAACAUAAAAACCAUUUCAACUCUCUCACUUCCCAACUCGGCCAUGGCUAAUGAACCUCCAUUGCAGCAAACCAUUAAUUCACUUCUGAAAGAAACAUCAGAACUCGAAAUCUCGAAGGUCGAAGAUCAGAUCGAGCUACCUAUGAUCGAUCUAAAUUGCUUAAAAAAGGGAUACAAAGAGAGGGAAAAAUGCAUGAGAGAAAUAGUUGAAGCAGCAAGAAAAUGGGGUUUUUUUCAAGUUAUAAAUCAUGGGAUUUCAAAAGAAGUAUCGGAGAGCAUGAAAUAUGAACAAAUGAAGGUAUUUCAAGAACCGUUUACGAUGAAAAUUGGUAAAAAUUUCUUGAAUUUGCCGGCUAAUAGCUAUCGAUGGGGAAACAGUGAAGCUACUUGUCUGAAGCAGUGUUUCUGGUCGGAAGCUUUGCAUAUAUCAGUUGCUGAUAUCUCAAGACUGGAUGGACACAUGACUAAUCUCAGAUCAACAAUGGAAGCAUUUGCGAGAAGAGCAACCACCAUAGCUGAAACAAUAGCCAAAAUUCUAGCAGAAAACAUAGGAAUCAAACCCAAUUAUUUCAAACAAAACUGCACACCAAACACAAGCUUUCUCCGAUUAAACCGAUACCCUCCAUGCCCAAAUUUAUCCUCCAAAGUCUGCGGGUUAGUGGCUCACACAGACAGCGAUUUUCUUACAAUAUUAUACCAAGACACAGUCGGAGGAUUACAGUUACAUAAAGAUGACAAAUGGGUUUGUGUUAAACCUAAUCCUGAAGCUCUAAUCAUCAACGUCGGUGACUUAUUUCAGGCACUGAGCAGUAAUAUUUAUACAAGUGUCAAGCAUAGAGUGGUUGCGCCUCAGCAAGUUGAGAGAUUUUCUGUCGGAUAUUUUUACUGUCCUCGUAAUGAAGCUGUCAUUGAGAGCUGCCGGAGUCGGCCGGCGGUUUAUAGAAGGUUUAGUUUCGGUGAGUUUAGAGAGCAAGUGCAGAGGGAUCUGAGAGCUACUGGUGCUAAAGUUGGGUUGUCCAGGUUUCUGUUAUGAAAAUUGUGUCAAAUUAUUUAUUUCUGUAAAAUCGGUUAUAUGAUAUUGUAUUUGUUUUUUUUUUUUUAAAGUGGUGAUGGUGAGCAAAUAAUCUUAAAUCCGAUGUAAUUUUUAAUUGGAUUGAAAUUAUUAGAUUUAUGAUAUGUUAAAUCGAGA